AGGUUCUGGGUUAGAAUGGCAUUCUCGUCUGGUGAUAGGUGGAUCGAAGUGACGGGAACCGGAAGACUGGAGAGGGCUGGAGCUGCGGUCUUAAAAGGUCUUGGAAAAGUGCGAGAAAUCCUGGGCCAGUGGGUGGCGGAGUCAGGAGUGAAAAGGACUGGACCGAGAAGUAGCGGGCCCCGCCCACGACCGCGCCCCGCCCCGCCCCUGGGUGGCCCCGCCCCCGCCCCGCCCCGCGGCGCAUUGUGGGAUCUGUCUUGCCGCCGGGUGCUGGAGGACACGCGCUUGGUCAUGGGGAUACAUCCGAGCUCAAUCCUGCUGGCCUCGCUGGGGGUGGGGGUGCUUACUCUGCUCGGCGUGGCUGUGGGCACUUACUUGGUGCGAAGGUCCCGCCGGCCACUGGUCACUCUUCUGGACCCCAACGAAAAGUACCUGCUGCGACUCCUGGACAAGACGACUGUGAGCCACAACACCAAGAGGUUCCGCUUUGCCCUGCCCACCGCCCACCACGUUCUGGGGCUGCCUGUGGGCAAACAUGUCUACCUCUCUGCCCGAAUUGAUGGCAGCUUGGUCAUCCGGCCAUACACUCCUGUCACCAGUGAUGAGGACCGAGGCUACGUGGAUCUUGUUGUCAAGGUCUACCUGAAGGGUGUGCACCCCAAGUUUCCUGAGGGAGGGAAGAUGUCUCAGUACCUGGAUAGCCUGAAGACUGGGGACGUGGUGGAGUUCCGGGGCCCGAGCGGGUUGCUCACUUACACUGGGAAAGGGAAUUUUAACAUUCAGCCCAACAAGAAAUCUCCACCAGAGCCCCGAGUGGCAAAGAAACUGGGAAUGAUUGCUGGAGGGACAGGAAUAACCCCAAUGCUACAGCUGAUCCGGGCCAUCCUGAAAGUCCCUGAAGAUCCAACCCAGUGCUUUCUGCUUUUUGCCAACCAGACUGAACAGGACAUAAUCCUGCGGGAGGACUUGGAGGAACUGCAGGCCCAAUAUCCCAGUCGCUUUAAGCUCUGGUUCACGCUGGACCAUCCCCCAGCAGGUUGGGCCUACAGCAAGGGCUUUGUGACUGCUGACAUGAUCCGGGAGCACCUGCCUGCCCCAGGGGAUGAUGUGCUGGUGCUGCUCUGCGGGCCACCCCCAAUGGUACAGCUGGCCUGCCAUCCCAACCUGGACAAACUGGGCUACUCACAAAAGAUGCGAUUUACCUACUGAGCGUCCCCUAGUCCCCUGGACCCGUGUCUGCAACUAUCCUCCAGUGCUCAAAUACUAUGAGCUAUAGAUUCCUUUCCUGAAAGGUCCGUUUCGCAAUUUGCUCAGGAGCUAACAGUGGCCAGCACUCUGAAGUCACAGAAAAGGGCCAAGACUGAGGCGUUCCCGGCAAGGCCCCACAUCUCCCUGUGGUGAAGGGCCCAGGUGAAGCCCAUGGAGAAGUGUCCCCCCUGGGGUCAGAGAGAAGGGAGCAUGCACGUUUGUUCUAAGUCUGGCUCAUUCCUUGAUAGUAUCACACUUGACCUCCUUUGUGUCUGUAAUGAAAGGAAUGCAGAGUUUUACUUAAUAGUCAGUAUUUAACCCACAGGCAAAUUCUGUUUAUGUGACUGCAAGUUGAGUGGACCUACAGAGGUAGUUUUAUAGAGAUAUGAAAUUGUUUCUUCAGAACUCCAGACCACAGAGAAAGGAGUCUGAAAUAUAUUUUCAUGCGUCUCUCUCUCUUGGCUGCUGCCCAGAUUAGAGGGAAAGGGCUACCCACAACCUAAAACUGCUGCUCAUACCAGGAACCUCUGGCUAUUCAAAUAAAUGGGGCUGAGGCCCCAGUGUGAUACCUAA